AUGUUCCCAUCGUUCAGAAGGCUCCAGGCCACUCCAGCAUACAACCUGCUUCUUACGCUGAUCAAGGGCGACUUGAAAAAGGCCAUGCUUGCGAAGAACAACGUCGAAAAGAAUACCAUCAGACUGGUGCUUUCCACAGUGAAGAAUAACGAAAUCGAUGGUGCUAAGCAAACAGAGUUUGAGUUGGCCAGAUCGUUGAAUAAGAUGAUCAAGCAGAGAAUCGACUCGGCUCAUGCGUUUAAGGAUCAGGGCAGACAGGACUUGGCUCAGGCUGAGGAGCAGGAAGCUGAUAUCAUUAGAAAGUACGUCAUUGCAUUGCCUGUGGCCAGUGAGGAGGACAUUAAGCAGAAGUUGGCGCUUCUUCUUGAGGAGUUGAAGAAUAAGGACUCUUCGACGAAGAUCGGUAGUGUUUUCAAGGAAAUCACCGAUGAGGUCGCUACCAACUGGGGCAGUUCUCCAGCUGUGAUCAAGGCCAUGGUUCCGGGACUCUACAAGGAGGUUUUUGGUCAGAAGAUGUAG